AUGACGAGAACGCUUCACGAGCUUACCGCAGAGACAGAGUUCUGGGAAUGUCACCAGACAAAAGGCGACGGCAAGACUUGUUUCAAGAUUAAUGAAACUGAGGACAAGGUGUGCAUGGGGUGUAAAGCUAGGCGAGAUAAGGGAGACAAGGCUCUCGAUAAAGAUGGUCUCGAGAUUGGGGUGCUGAAGAAAGUUGAACACGGGAAGGAGUUUUGGGAGUUCAAGAACUGA